UUUAACCAACUGAAGCAUCAUGGCGUGUGAAAAUGACUACUCCACCAUCAUGUCUGGUCUGAAGGAGCUUGACCUCCAAGGAAAUGCAGUGCCAAGUAAUCUUGUGCUGAUCGGUUCUGAUGCCUUUCCACUUGCCAUGAAUCCAAGAGGUCAAGUUCUGAUGGCUGCAUCUCGUUACGGUCAGGGACGUGUGGUGGUGCUGGGACAUGAAGAGUACUUGACCCGUUUCCCUGGCCUGAUAAAUAAUGCCCUGAUGUGGCUCAUGCCAUUUACUGGGGAUGCCAGCAUUGUAGGGAUUCAGAAAGGUUUGGGUUCAGUAGCUGACUACAAUUCACCUGUCAGCACCGAGCUUGGAGAUUUUCGGAAAGGCCUGGCUGUAUAUAUCACAGAUGCUUACAGCGUUGAUGCUUGUGCAAAAAAUUUGAUUGAUUUUCUUAAAGCUGGUGGUGGUUUGAUUAUUGCUGGCCAAGCUUGGAGCUGGGCUGAGGCUCAUCCGCAAGAGAAUGUUUUCCUGAACUUCCCUGGAAACAAGGUGUGCAGCGUCGCAGGAAUUUACUUUUCGGAACACCAGGGAGAACUUGCCGUGAUUCCUGUGCCUUCUAAAAUACCUUCUAGUUGGCUUGCUGUAUCAAUAAUCAAGGAUUUUAAGAAUGCCCUAGAUUUCCUGCUGAAAGGUGUGCCUCAGUUUGACAUCAAGUGUGCGUAUGGCAGUGUGGCGUCUAACCUAAUGGUGCAUGGACCAUUUGCAUUUCCUAUUGCUGUCACUCCAGCAGGACAAACAUUUAUUGCCGGCGCAUACUAUGGACAAGGACGGGUAAUUGUGGUAACCCAUGAAAUCUACCUGAGCCGUGAAGCUCUGUCCACUUUUCUGAUUAAUGCUAUCAACUGGCUGAAUGAGGGGCGUAAAGGCAUUAUUGGGAUCAUACCCAAACUCGCAAGGGCCCAAAAGCUACUGAGCAAAUCCGGUCUGAACUGCCAGGUAACUAACUUCAGGGAGGAUCUCGGUGUCCACGUCUGCACUUCCUACAAUGAUGCCCAGUGUGAAAAGAUCCAGGAAUUUGUGGCAGAAGGAGGUGGCCUUUUGAUUGGAGGUCAUGCCUGGCAUUGGGCCUAUAGCAACCGUGGCCGCAAUGUGAUGACUGAAUACCCAGGAAAUCGCAUUCUUAACAAGAUGGGACUGAGUAUAUUGGGUGACACUGUGAAGGGAGGAUUAUACAAAGCCCCAAAUAUCAAUCAGGUGUACCACUUUCGUAAUGUACUGGGACACUUUGGGAAGCACUUAACCAAGGGGCAAAAACUUACUCCCCAUGUAGAGGGUUCCCUAAAACAACUUGGCAAGGAUUGUGCCAGCUACCUUCGCAUGCGUGCACAUGAUUGUGCUUCUUAUAAUUCAAUGAUAACUCUUUUAACCAAUGUGGUGAAGGAGAUCGGUGUUCCACAGGUUAGUAGUAAGUGUCCUGUUAAAACUCCCAAAGACUACCUGAUGCUCCAAAUCGGGACUGAACUUUACAAAACUGUGUCUGACCCUGAUGCCCUCCUGCCAUACAUCAUUAAGGAAAGACCUGACCUGCCUACUGUGUCUGAUGCAAGAGUUCAUAUCAGCGCCAACACUGGUGGUAUGGAAGUUUUUCUCUUAAAUGUAGGGGAAAUGUUAUUCCUUUUGUUGAAGUUAACAAGUAGGGGAAAUUCACUUGUUACACACAAGAGUUGUAGUGACGUAUUAAACAGCACAUUACUUCUUUCAGGCUCUAAUGCAUGGAUAAGCACAGGCUUGUAUCUUUCUCCUGGUAUGGGGACACACAUGAUAAUACCUCCAGAGCUCAUUGGGAAAAACUGGAAGGUCCAGAUUGGUUGUCAGACUGAUAACCUUUCGGCUGCAGAUGUUUUGAAACGAGCUCCUGUGGUCUAUGAGUGUUUUCCUGUGGACAAAAAAAUGGUCCAAAUCUGUAAUCUAUGGGGAGGGCUCAUCUACUUAGUUGCACCUCCCAAAACCAAAGUGGAUGGGGUGGAAAUUGUGGUGCAGACCGCAGUAAAGGCUCCAUACUUCAAGUCUGGAGAGACCAGUGUAGCUGACUGGGUGGGUGGGAUCCGUCAGGCCCCGGCCCCCUGGGCGGAGCUUGAGUUUGAGAAUCUCAUCAUCACAUUACAUUCAGAUGUGAUACGGAAUCUGGAUCGUCCUGAUGAGGUGGCAAAAAGUUGGGAUUCAAUAAUGAGAGGCAUAGCUGACCUGGCAGCAAUACCUCAUAAGUUCCCCCGCAAGGAGCGAUUUGUUGCAGACGUUCAGAUCUCUGCCGGCUUUAUGCAUUCUGGAUAUCCCAUCAUGAUGCACUCCACCUCCGCCUCAGGCCUGAUGAAUCCACAGAAAGCCAGAAAAAGUGAUUUGUGGGGAUUUAUACAUGAGCUUGGUCAUAACCAGCAGCGUGGAGUUUGGGAGUUUCGUCCACACACAACUGACUGCACCUGCAACCUGUGGUCAGUGUAUGUGCAUGAGGAGGUGCUUGGUAUUGACAGGGCUUCUGCUCACUCAGACAUGACCCCAAAAAAUCGCCAGAAGCGCACCAGAAAUUAUGUUGAAGGUGGCAGGAAUUUGGAGAAAUGGACCGUGUGGACAGCACUGGAGACUUACAUGCAGCUUCAAGAGAAAUUUGGCUGGGAUGCUUUCAAGAAGGUUUUUGCUGCCUAUCAUGACAUGACUGGAGUGCCUAAUAACAAUCCAGGCAAGAUGAAUCUGUACGCUGAGACCUUCUCCAAGGUGGUGAAAAUGAAUCUGUCGUCAUUCUUCAAAGCCUGGGGUUGGCCGAUCGAGCCCAGCACUGAACAAAAGAUCUCUCAUCUCCCCGAAUGGAGCGAUCAUCCAAUGAAGCAGUAUGAGUUAUAGGUUGAUAUUAAAGUUGAUAUUUGAUUUCUUAGUAGUCUUGAUGAUUUUCUUGGUCUUUAAACUGUUUAGUUUAUGUAAAUGGAAAUUUGAUUCCUCAUGUCAUCACUAAUUUAAAGAAAACGUAUAACCAGUAGGGCUGUCAAAAG